UUCUUUUAUGCUAAAAAAGAAAAUUCCCCAGAGUGCUUACAAUCUCUCUUCCCACUUCCUUUUUCUGCCCUAAAUAAACAAUAGCAAAUGAACACCCAACCAGGGUUGUGUCUGAUCAAACAAUCAUGGAUCGGUAGCCAUUUUUGGAGAAGGAAUUUGUGGCUGCUCCAGCUACUGGGCAUUUUGUCUGUUCUAGUUCAUGUAGUCUCCCAACACCCCAUGAGGCAAGGCUUUGUUAGUCCCAUUUUACUGAAAAUGAACUAAGACUCAGAGAGAUAAAGCUGUUGCCCAGUGAGCCUUCUUUACACCCUCCAGACCCACUGUGCUAAUUCCCUCUUCUGAUGACCUAACGAUUCUGAGCUUGGCAAAGGUCUUAUCUCCCAGCUUUCCCAGACCCAGUGUUCCAGGAAUGUGACCCUUUGCUGCAGCAGCUGCUGGAGGAGGGCAGAGGGGGAUGGGCUGGAGGUUGAGCAAACAGAGAGGCAGAAAAGGCAUUUCCUCUUCACCAGUCCCCUCCCUCCCUGUCUCUGCCUCUCCCUCCCUUCCUCAGGCAUCAGAGCGGAGUCCUCAAGGAGAGCAGAGUCCUCAGGGAGAUCAGAGCCCAGCUCGCCAGCCACUGAGCUAGAAGCCCUGUCAUGGCAACCCUGAGACCCCUUCUCAUGCUGGCCCUGCUGGCAUGGGUUGCUCUGGCUGACCAAGACUCCUGCAAGCACCGCUGCACUGAGGGCUUCAACCCCGACAAGAAGUGUCAGUGUGAUGAGCUCUGCUCUUACUACCAGAGCUGCUGCACGGACUAUAUGACUGAGUGCAAGAAAGUGACUCGUGGGGAUGUGUUCGUCAUGCCGGAGGAUGAGUACGGGGUCAGUGACUAUGACGAGGAGAACAAAAACACCACCACCGUGCACCCACAGCCCGGGGAGCCCUCCAUGACCCAUGACCUCCAGGCCCAGCCUGAAGGGAAUACUGAGCAGCCACAUGUUAUGACCUCAAGCUCUGAUACCCUUGAUCAAGGGGCCUCUGAGACCCUAGCAGAGGAGGAGCUGUGCAGCGGGAAGCCCUUCGAUGCCUUCACUGACCUCAAAAACGGUUCCAUCUUUGCCUUCCGAGGGCAGUACUGCUAUGAACUGGAUGAAAAGGCAGUGAGGCCUGGAUACCCCAAACUCAUCCGAGAUGUCUGGGGCAUCGAGGGCCCCAUCGAUGCCGCCUUCACCCGCAUCAACUGUCAGGGGAAGACCUACCUCUUCAAGGGUAGUCAGUACUGGCGCUUUGAGGAUGGUGUCCUGGACCCUGGUUACCCCCAAAAUAUCUCUGACGGCUUUGAUGGCAUUCCGGACAACGUGGAUGCAGCCUUGGCCCUCCCUGCCCAUAGCUACAGUGGACGGGAACAGGUCUACUUCUUCAAAGGGAAACAGUACUGGGAGUACCAGUUCCAGCACCAGCCCAGUCGGGAGGAAUGUGAAGGCAGUUCCCUGUCAGCAGUGUUUGAGCAGUUUGCCAUGAUGCAGCGGGACAGCUGGGAGGACAUCUUCGAGCUUCUCUUCUGGGGCAGAAGCUCUGCUGGUACCAGACAACCCCGGUUCAUUAGCCAGGAGUGGCACGGUGUGCCAGGACAAGUGGAUGCAGCCAUGGCUGGCCGCAUCUACGUCUCAGGCAUAGCACCCCGCCGCUCCUUGGCCAAGAAGCAAAAGUUUAACCAUCGCAGCCGCAAAGGCUACUCUUCACGCCAAGGUCGCAGCCGUGGCCACAAGCAGAACUCCCGCCGGCCAUCCCGAGCUACCUGGCUGUCCUUAUUCUCCAGUGAUGAAAGUGACUUGGGAAUCAACUCUUAUGAUGGGAUGGACUGGCUUGUGCCUGCCACCUGUGAACCCAUCCAGAGUGUCUUCUUCUUCUCUGGAGACAAGUACUAUCGAGUCAACCUUCGCACACGGCGAGUGGACACUGUGGACCCUCCCUACCCACGCUCCAUCGCUCAGUACUGGCUGGGCUGCCCAGCUCCUGGCCGUCUGUAGGAGUCAGAGCCCAUAUGGCUGGGCCCUCUGUAGCUCCCUCCUCUAAUCUCCUUCCCCCAGCCCAAUAAAGGUCCCUUAGCCAUGA